GUUUGAGACGCUAACCUAUCCAGGAUGGCUGAUGACGAAUACCACAGAUUCGCAGAUACGUAUUGCUCGCCCCGCUCGUAAAUAUUGCAAAUAUGGCAUCUGUUUCUUCUUGCUCGACACGAACGCUAUUAUUAGCUUCUCCCAGAACCUCUUUGGACAAUGUUGUCUCUCUGGCUACUGCUUCUUUUGAAUCUGUCGGGGCUGAAUAUGGCUCAUCCUGGUAGUCAUGACGAAGGUGCCUACUUUCGAUCGCUUGCCUCAAGCCGUUCGGUACAAGAGGCAAGGCAAAAGCUCGCCAGAUGUUCCAACCAUAUCAAACGUGGAGAACUUGAUGCUCGCGCCGCUGUUCGUCGGGCUGCGAUUUUGGAUUCAUAUCGUGGCAUUUCUCAUUCCGACUCUGUCUCCAAGUCAGUCCGUUCUUCUUUCUCGCAAGCAGCACUAUCAUCGUCCGAGAACCCAUCUUGUCUCCUUACCCCCGAGGCAACGAUUGGUCCAUUCUGGGUCGAUGGCGAGUUGAUCCGAUCCAAUGUCACCGAUGGAGAGCCUGGAAUUCCAUUGAUUCUCGACGGAGAAUUCAUCGAUAUCCACACUUGCGAACCAGUUGAGGAUGUCUUUUGGGAGAUAUGGAACUGUAAUGCCACUGGAAGUUACUCGGGGGUUCAAGACUUUGGCCACCACCACGGUGAUGAUGAUUCCAAUCUCGACAAGAUGUACCUGAGAGGCAUUCAGCGAACUGACAAAGAUGGAGCCGCACAAUUCACUACCAUUUUCCCUGGUCACUAUGCUGGUCGUGCUACCCAUAUUCAUGUGCUAGCACAUGUCGGGGCCACAAUUUUGCCUAACCAAACCGUAACUGGAGGUCAUGUUGCUCAUAUCGGCCAGCUUUUCUUCGAUCAGGACUUGAUCGCAGCUGUGGAGUCUACUGCUCACUACAAGACCAACAAUGCUCGCAUCACGCCAAAUAUAAACGAUGGUAUUUUCAACGACGUGAAUAGUGCAAGCAGCUAUGACCCUAUCUUGAGUUAUACUCGUCUUGGUCAUUCGCUGGAAGACGGCAUUUUGGCAUGGGCUACUAUGGGUAUUGACGUAUCGGCCAGCUACAAAGCAGAAUCAGCUGCAAGUCUCACAGACCAUGGUGGCGUGGCUCAUCCCUACCGCUGGUCUGCUCACGUACCCGGUGCAUCCAAUAUCCUUAUGGGAGUGGUAGGCCUGGGGCUUGUCUUCUGGGUGGCCCGUUCGUUCCGUCAAUUCUGCGUGAGAUCAGCUUAGUUAAUUUACGGUACUACGCCUUCUCCUAUCAACUAUGUGGUCGAAUCUUUUAUGACCUAGCUUGCUGGCCGCCAGCAAAUCCAUUCCGAAUGCAAGAAAUCAAUUUC